UUUUACGCACAGUCGCCGCGUGACUCUGCUGCCUGCCCUCUGCGCCUGAGCCAGAGCCUUUUACGCACAGAUCCCCGCGGUGAACUCGCCCUCCUCUCCAUACCUGUGCUCAUACCUGACCGGUGUCUACUUUAGGUGUCAAAUCAGGACAGAUAGGGGAGGACAGGAUAUGUUUGGGAUGUGGAGGGGACUCGCCGGACUGUCAACAUGUUGGGGUUUGCUGAUGCUGAUCCAUUGUUCGCCUCAGGCAGAUGCAGCAUUCACAUGCAGCUCCACUCAGUUUAAGUGUGGAAAUGGGCGGUGUAUCACCCGAAGGUGGAUUUGUGAUAAUACGGACGAUUGUGGGGAUGGAACUGAUGAACUGCCUGCAACCUGCGCAACCAAAACCUGUCUGGAAUCAGAGUUCAGCUGUGGCCCUCCCAUGAACCAGUGUAUCCCAGGAACCUGGACCUGUGACGGCAAAGCUGACUGUGACAAUGGGGCUGAUGAGAAGAACUGCACGGCCAAACAGUGCAAAGCUGGAGAAUUUCGUUGUGCCAAUGGCCAGUGUGUAUCCAGCACCUUCGUCUGCGACCAUGACAACGACUGCUCAGACGGCUCAGAUGAGGCUUCCUGCCCCAAGCCCACCUGCAGCCCUCGAUCCUUCCAGUGCAACAACUCCAUUUGUGUGCCGGCCCUGUGGAAAUGCGAUGGAGACAAGGAUUGUGCCGACGGGUCGGAUGAGUGGCCGGAGAACUGUGUGGAACGGCAGCCGGACAAGACGGCGGUGCACUGCGGAGUCCACGAAUUUCAGUGUGCUAAUGGGGAUUGUAUCCACAGCAGCUGGAGGUGUGAUGGAGGCAUGGACUGCCAGGAUCGAUCGGACGAGGUCAACUGCAGUCGUCCUAAUUGUCGUGCGGACGAGUUCCAGUGUAAUGACGGCACCUGUAUCCAUGGCAGCCGCCAGUGUGACAAAGCGGCUGACUGCAGGGACCUCAGUGAUGAGAUGGGCUGCCACAUAGAAAUUGUAUGUGAAGGCCCAACUAAGUUCAAGUGUGGCAGUGGGGAGUGUAUCAGCAUUGAGAGGGUGUGCGACAAACAGAAAGACUGCAGGGACUGGUCAGAUGAACCUGUCAAAGAGUGCGGCAUCAAUGAGUGUUCGACUGGAAAUGGUGGCUGCUCCCAUCACUGCAACGAUCUGAAGAUUGGCUACAACUGCUCGUGCCUUGCUGGAUACAGCCUGAAGAUGGACAAAAAAACCUGUGAAGACAUUGAUGAAUGUGCAGAACCGGACACUUGCAGUCAGAUCUGCAUCAACCUGCCCGGCAGCUACAAGUGCGACUGCAAAAACGGCUAUGAGAUUGACCCCGCGACCAAGACAUGCAAGGCUGAAUCAGGCACUGUACCCACCCUCUACUUCACCAACAGACACGAGGUGAGGAAGCUGACGGUGGACCGCAGCGAGUACGUCCGUCUGAUCCCACAGCUGAAAAACGUGGUGGCUCUGGACAUGGAUAUGCUACACAAGAUGAUCUUUUGGUCUGACCUGUCUUUGAAGAAAAUCUACAGCUCCAAGAUCGACGUGGCCAGUAACUCCUCUUGCCACACUGUAGUAAUCGGCAGUGGGAUUCAGGCCCCAGAGGGCAUUGCCGUGGACUGGAUCCAUGGCAACAUCUACUGGACUGACAGCAUUUUGAAGACUAUCUCUGUGGCAACGACAGACGGCAGCAAGAGGAAGACACUCAUCACAGACAACCUGGAGAAGCCAAGAGCCAUCGCAUUGGACCCGGUAAACAACUUCAUGUACUGGACAGACUGGGGUGAGCAGGCUAAGAUAGAGAAGAGCGGGUUGAAUGGAGUGGAUCGCGUUGCCUUGGUGACAGACAACAUCGCGUGGCCCAAUGGUAUCACCCUAGACAUGGCAAACCAGCGUCUGUACUGGGUGGACUCCAAGAUGCACACACUCUCGAGCAUUGAUGUGAAUGGAGGGACGCGACGCAGCCUCAUAGUCAGCGAGGAAAAGCUCUCCCACCCCCUCUCUCUGACUGUCUUUGAGGAAAAAGUGUUUUGGACGGACAUUGGCAAUGGUGCUGUUUUAAGUGCCAACCGUCUGACAGGAAAGGACAUCACUGAGCUGGCAGUGGACCUGGACCAGCCUGAAGAUAUCAUACUGUAUCACAACCUCAAGCAGCCCAACGGUACAGACUGGUGCAAAGAUAGUGACAGUAUGAAUGGAGGUUGUGAGUUUCUGUGCCUCCCUGCCCCUCUGAUCAACCAGCACUCUCCUAAAUACACCUGCGCCUGUCCUGACCACAUGACCAUGGGACCUGACAUGAGGAUGUGCGUGACAGCAGUCACAGUUGCCCCUCCUGCCGAAAACAAAACUGCUGAACUGCUCCCACCCAAGGAUCCCGCCAAGCCUACUACACCCAGGCAGCCUGUCGCUACCCCAACAACUACAACUGCUGCAACUACAACCACCACCAGAGCCACCAAAAAGCUCACAUCCACCUCUUCCAUCCAGCCCACACAGAGAACACAGCAGCCUGCCGCCACUGCUCAAGGCAACAGAUUGGCAGCAGUGCCUGCAGAAGCCCAUCCAUCCCACCCUAUUGCUCUCUAUGUCGUGUUGCCAAUAGUGGUCACCUCCCUGCUGAUCUUUGGAGCAGUGUUGCUAUGGAGACACUGGCGUCUGAAGAACACCAACACCAUCCACUUUGACAAUCCAGUGUACCAGAAAACCACGGAGGACGAGGUACAUAUCUGCAGGAACAGCUGUGACGGCCAUGUUUAUCCUCAGAGGCAACUACUGAGCAUGGACGACAUGGAUGUUGCAUGACCCAAAGAUGAAGAAGACACUGGCUUUAUUUGAAGUAAUUUUUUUUCCUGAUGCAAAUAUGAAGCAUCAAAGACCGUUUUUUGUUUCUACUGCUGCUGCUUAACAGACCCCUCCUUCCCCCAGUGACCUCAUUUUGUGGCUUAUGUUUCUGACCUCAGCACUGUGCCGUCCAAGUCUGAAGAAAGAACUGAAAAAAGAAGAAAAAAAAAAAAAGAUACUUGAAACUUUUGUAUGACAAAAUGGAGGUUAACUACAGGAUGCCAUUUAGUCAAACCACAAAAUGGUUUCAAAAUGAAGGAGUAAUGCACGGUUUCGAAAGAUGAUGUUCUUGAUCACUGAGCCUUGACUCUUUUGAAGCUAGGCGAAAUUGUCUAAGAAUCCCGUCAUUUAAAAAGCUGCAGAAGCAUGCUUACUUUACCACCAACACAUCACCUCACUAUGUUGAUGGCCUAAAUACACAAAUCACUUUGUUUGCUCAGUGAGUUUAACUUGAAAAGCCUGACCUUUUCUGUCUUAACACGCAUGUGUGCCUUCCAUCCACAGUCUGGUACUUUAGUGACGUUUAUUGGAUGUACAUACAGUAAAUGCCUUACUGAUCCCACUACCUUCCAAACCAGUUUGCGUGGUAGUUAAUGUCGUAGUGCUUUCACCCCAGGCAGUGAUGGCCUCCACCACAGUAUUUUGAGGCCUUUUCUUCUCCUCUUCUCCAAACAGCUUUGCACAUUUUGUUGGCUCCCAUAUCAGAGGCAUUUGUUUACUAUCACCCAUUAUAGUCUUUCUUAAAAGUAAAUCAUAUUUAAUUCAGAGCUCUUAUGCUGUGUUUUUCAUUUAAUGACUGAUCUCCAAUUAGGUAUCUUGAGUGUGAAGUGUCACAGAUGGUUUAUGUUUUAAAUGGAAAAAGCUGCUGAGUUUCUGAAGUCAACCAAAAUGAAGAAAAUGUUUUUUGUUUUUGUUUUUGUUUUUUUAAUGAAGAUAGUUCCAGUAAAAAGUGAUUGUACUGUUGGUGAUUACCUAUUGUAACAGUGUAGAUAAUUCCUGUAAAUAUUUUUAAAGCUUAAGCUCUUAAGUUCACUCUGGUGUUGCCUUCUUACAUUUGUAAAUUUUAGUCAAGAAAUAUUGUAAAUAUGUAUGAGAUUCUUUUAUUUAUUUAUGGAAAUAUAUAAGAGAAGGUUUUUGAUUGUUGUCAUCUGGCUGUAAAAAGUUAAUAACAUAUAUUAGCACCAACCACGGCGAAUUGUUUUUGUUCCAGGUCAGUUUAACUUUUACAUUGUACAUAUUUAACUUAUGUUCAAUCAAACUUUUGGACACCUGCUCAGUUUUGUGUGUAUGCCAUCCUGUAUGAGUCACGGCUGAAGGGUAGUGCUUAUCAUUUGCAACUGUGUACCACACAUUACAGAAAAAUGCUGAAGAAACUCUCUUUGUUCCUUACACCACUGUUUGUUCCUUUCUCAAUGCUAAAUCACAUAAUUUAUUUUGUGUCUGCCUUUUUGUUACUAUAUACAGUUUACAAAGGAAGAUGUUCUCUGUCACAGCAACUUGUAUGUACAAACCUGAAGGAUUUAUGCACAACAGCCUGCACGUUGCUUUUGUUUAUUUUUGGUUUUGUUGGUCCUUUUUUAAUAAAAAAAAAAAAUUUACCUGUCUCCCAUGUUAACUGGGACAUCUAAGAAAAGACAGUACCUGUGUUGUGCUUUCAUACUGCACACUAAUU